CGAUGCCUAGAAGCACGCAGCCUCAUCAAAGAAUCGCCAGAAAUAAACACAACAAAUAAUUAAUAAUUUAAAAUUAUAAAAAUAUGAGCUCGCCAACAAGUAAAAAUGUCAGUGAGACGAACAACAAUAGCAACAAGCCAAAGAAGUCGACCAAAACCAACUCGAAUGCCAAGGGCGGCACAAUGGACACACGCAGUGAAUUGGCGGACUUAAUCAAGAAGAAGGCAGAAACAUCGGAACAACUAGCCAAUCUGGAGCGACAGAUAUACGCAUUUGAGGGCUCCUACUUGGAGGACACACAGCUGUGCGGCAAUAUAAUACGCGGCUGGGAACGCUAUCUCACCUCGAACAAGGCAACAAAUUCGAAGGCAGACAAACGCAAUCGCAAAUUCAAAGAUGCGGAACGUUUGUUCUCCAAGUCCAGCAUUACCUCCAUGGCUAUUUGUAAUCCUGAACGCGCCAGUGAAUCGGAUUCCAUAACCAAUGAGGACUCCAGCGACAACCAGAUCUCAAUUAAUCAGAACACAACCACUGCACACGAUGGUGCAACAACCAUCAAGUCGCAGGAUGAAAAGGAUUCGCCGUCCCAUCGCAGUGAGGAGCGUGCAAGUGCAGCUGGUGCCAGCAACAGCAACAAGGAUCUGCCCAGCACACCAACCACGAACACAAAGAGCAAACUAUCAUCGAGCUCGAGUGCGACGGCCAAAAAGAGCGGACAUAUCAAUAAGAAAAUCAGACAUCGCUAAUGUAAUAAUAAAGUACAAAAGUGUUUUAAUCGUGUUUUUGCGUUGCACUUGUAAAAUAAGAUGAAUAAAUUACAUUAAUAUACUUAUA